CAUUUCCAGAGAUCUGACAAGUUCUGUAAAGAUUUAAGAGAGAGUCGAAAUUCAGGAAGGUGUUGACGCUGACAUUGGAACUACCGUCACCAUGAAUGCCGCUGAAUUCCGAAAGAGAGGAAAAGAAAUGGUGGAUUAUGUGGCAGACUACAUGGAGGGAAUUCAUGGACGUCAGGUUUAUCCAGAUGUGGAGCCAGGCUAUCUGAGGCCCCUGAUUCCUGACUCUGCACCCCAGGAACCAGAAACAUUUGAAAACAUCAUGAAGGAUAUUGAGAAGAUAAUCAUGCCAGGGGUGACCCACUGGCACAGCCCCUACUUCUUUGCCUAUUUCCCCACAGCCAGUUCAUAUCCAGCCAUGCUGGCCGACAUGCUGUCAGGUGCCAUAGGCUGCAUUGGCUUUUCCUGGACUGCAAGUCCUGCUUGCACAGAGCUUGAGACAGUGAUGUUGGAUUGGCUGGGGAAGAUGGUCAAUCUGCCAGAAGCGUUUUUAGCUGGAAGAGAUGGAGAAGGAGGAGGAGUGAUUCAGGGAAGUGCCAGUGAAGCCACCUUGGUUGCCCUGCUCGCUGCUAGAACUAAGGUGAUUCGACAACUACAGGCCAAGUCUCCAGGACUGACCGAGGGCGCCAUCAUGGACAAGCUGGUGGCCUACGCCUCCGAUCAAUCCCACUCAUCAGUGGAAAGGGCUGGAUUAAUUGGUGGUGUGAAGUUAAAAAUGAUCCCUUCAGAUGACAAAUUUUCUCUACGUGGUCCAGCCCUACAGAAGAUCCUGGAGGAAGACAAAGCCGCUGGCCUUAUCCCAUUCUUUGUGGUUGCUACACUUGGAACCACUCCUUGCUGUUCAUUUGACAAUCUAUUAGAACUGGGUCCUAUUUGUAAUAAGGAGAAUAUUUGGAUGCACAUUGACGCAGCCUAUGCAGGCAGUGCCUUCAUCUGCCCUGAAUUCCAGCAUUUUCUGAAUGGAGUUGAGUUUGCAGAUUCUUAUAACUUCAACCCUCACAAAUGGCUUUUGGUGAAUUUUGACUGCUCUGCCAUGUGGGUGAAAAAAAGAGCAGACUUGAUAGGUGCCUUUAAGCUGGAUCCUCUUUACCUACAGCACCAUAACCAAGAAUCUGGUCUCGUCACUGACUAUCGGCACUGGCAGAUACCACUAGGUCGGAGGUUUCGCUCUCUGAAAAUGUGGUUUGUGUUUCGGAUGUAUGGUGUGAAGGGACUACAAGCAUACAUCCGCAAGCAUGUAAAACUCUCACACGAGUUUGAAUCUUUGGUGCGCCAGGAUUCCCGAUUUGAGAUCUGUGCCGAAGUUGUCCUGGGGCUGGUGUGCUUCCGAAUAAAGGGGUCUAACGAGCUGAAUGAAACACUUCUUGAAAGAAUAAACAAAACCAAAAAAAUCCACUUGGUCCCAUGUCACCUCCAAGAUAAGUUUGUGCUACGCUUUGCUAUCUGUUCUCGCACAGUGGAGUCCAUCCACAUUCAGGAGGCUUGGCAACAUAUUACAGAGCUGGCAGCUGAGCUGCUAAAAGAAGGAAAAGAGCAGAAAAUGAACUAGUAAUUUCAGAUCCAUGAUACAUCAAAGCUGAGAUGGGCAAAGACAAGAUGUAGAAGAGCUAUCUGUAUUCUGAAAAUGUUAUAAGAACCAAACAAAAAAAUAUAUUUUCAAAGAUUUUAGUAGCAGUAUUUUAAGAGUACUGGGGGUUGUCCAGAGAAUGUAUACAUAUUUUCUACUUGCCUCUGGUUCACUCUGUGGUAACUUCUGGAGCCUGCUUCCAGUUACAAGUAAUUCAGGAGUUUGUACAAUGUGAUGAGAGAUUGUGUAAGUGACUAAUGAGCUGGAAAAGCUCCAUGGAUGUACCUUCUUUUUAGUCAAAAAAGCAUAUAGUUUCCUGGGCACUGGAAGCCUGAGUUCAAAUGUUGCCUGACACAGUUAUGUUUGUGUGACCUUGGUCAAGUCAUUCAAUAUCUCUUAUCUGUUGAAUUUAGAUGAUGAUUCUUUGAUAUCCUGCUCCCACAUGCCAGAAACUGAUAUUCAGCAAUGAAGAGUCUCAUACUGCUGGGUUUUGGGACUUGAUAUUACCAUAUUUGCAUGCAGGAUUGCUAUGAGAAAAGUGCUACAUAAACUUGAAAAUUCUCUUUCUACAGCAUUACUAGAAAUGAAGU